UGACCUAGCUAGCUUCAUAAAUGAGCUUAAUAUUUUUAAGGCAAAUUUGUGAUCGACAUAUAGUAAACUCAAUUUUUUUCGUUAGAAAUACGUAGACGACGAUCUCAGCCAUGGCUUCUAAGAGACAAGCCUAUCCAGGUGGGAGGAAUAAUUCUAAGCAGAACUGGACUGUUAAACCCCAUCCAACCUCUUCAUCUUCUGCUGAAUCCUGCCAAAAUCCACCUGAUUUUAAUUCGCUCCCCUACAACCAACAAAAUUCUGUCGGUGUAGAUGCAAAACAACAGGCUUCUGCAUCUGCUGGGAAUCAAAGAGCCGGAGAGGGGAAUUCGAGUUCCCACAAUGAUGAAAUUGAUGAGGAUCUCAUUGUUAAACGAUUAGAGGAGCUCAGGUUUAGCGCGCAAGAGCCUGAAUUGACUGAGGCGCUUCUUAGCAUCAAUGAACAGCUACAGGAGGAUGAGCUACUAGCUGUGGAAUCUAUUUAUGGAGAUAAAAUUGUUGUUCUAGAGAACCAGAGUGGCAUGAAAUGUUUCCAGGCUCACAUUCAUGUUGAAGUGCCCAAAGACCUUCGUGUCACUGCAAAGUUUAACUCGUCUGCUUCUCAUCAGAACAGAGAUGGUAAUUCUUCAGAUUUCUCGUACUCUUUCCAAGUCGAGUAUCUGCCGCCAAUUGUAUUGAAAUGCUUAUUACCUAAGUCGUACCCAAGCGACUGCCCUCCGUACUUUACUAUAUCUGUGCAGUGGUUGGGAUCUGCUAAAAUUUCUGAUCUUUGCUCCAAGCUUGAUUCGAUUUGGUUAGAGCAGGCCAGGCAGGAGGUUAUAUACCAAUGGUUGGAGUGGUUACAUGGUUGCACCCUUUCUUAUCUUGGUUUUGACGAUGAUAUCAUUCUUGGACCUUACGGUGUAAAAAACAAUGGCGAUAGGAGGGCGAUUUCAGGAAGUGUCUCCCCUGAUGUUGAUAUACCUACAAUAAAGAGUUACAAUGAUGAAGAGUGCCACGAAAAUUUCUGCAAAAACUUUCAAGAAUGUAGCAUCUGUUUAAGCGAGUUUCCUGGUACAGAGUUCAUUAGAUUGCCCUGCCAGCACUACUUUUGUGGGAAAUGCCUUAAAACUUUUUCUGACAUGCACAUAACCGAAGGAACAGUACUGAAACUUCAAUGCCCAGAAGCAAAAUGUGGGGGUAUGAUCCCACCUGGAUUACUUAAACGAUUACUAGGAAAAGAAGAGUUUGAACACUGGGAGUCCUUGAUGCUAGAGAAAACUCUGGAAUCAAUGACUGAUGUUGUCUACUGCCCGAGGUGUGAAACACCUUGUCUAGAGGAUAAAGAUGACCAUGCACAAUGCUCAAAGUGCUACUACAGCUUCUGCACACUAUGCAGGGAGAAGCGUCAUGUUGGAGUUGAAUGUAUGUCAGCAGAGAUGAAACUAGCUAUUUUGCAGGAUCGACAAAAUUCAACUUCAAUGAAAGGAGAACAAAGGCGCCGUGAGGCAGAUAUGAUUAAUCAGCUUCUUAGUAUGAAGGAGAUCAAUCGUUUUGCGAAACAAUGCCCUUCUUGUAAGAUGGCUAUAUCUCGAACUGAAGGUUGCAAUAAGAUGGUUUGUGACAAUUGUGGGCAAUACUUCUGCUACCGGUGUAAUCAGGCAAUAUCUGGAUAUGACCAUUUCAGGUCUGGGACUUGUGAACUUUUCCCUACAGAAGAAAUUCAGAGGUGGGAGGCUGAGAUGAAUGGUCGCCAAAUCGUUGGUCAGAUUCAAGCACAAAUGUUUGCUAAUCAUGGUCAUUCAUGCCCGAAUUGUGGUCAGAAAAAUGUGAAGGUGGGGAACAACAACCACGUUUUCUGUUGGGCGUGCCAAAACCAUUAUUGCUACUUGUGUAAGAAGAUGGUACGACGCAGUUCAGAGCACUAUGGUCCCAAAGGCUGCAAGCAACACACAGUCGGAUAAAAGGCCUUACCUGCUUCAGGUUUACUAUAUUUUCUGUAGUUUUUCUAGUGCAUUUUUGGUGGCUCGAUGAACGCUCGAUGAAUUUAGUUUUCUAGUAUCUAUGCCCUACUACACAAUAACAAGCGAUUCUGGUGGUGUAUACAUAUGUUUGUUUCUAUCUUCAAGAGAGAGCUCAAAGAAGUGAUCUUGGCUUGAUAUA